GAACUCGAUUCCCGUAGCACCAAAUUGACUACGUAUGCUAUCAAGUCCCUAUGCACGCGCGCGAUCGUCAAUGAGCCUCAUCCAUCAUAGCGCGCUGUGUUCGUGAUGUCGCUCGAUAGAAGGAAACAUCCCAUGCGAUCUACUCUCUCAACGAACCCGCGCUCGGAUCUCUUCUCCCUUUGACAUUUCAUUCAGGCGCAGGGGGCGCGGUAGGACACUAUGGCAACGAAACUCGACAUUUUGUGCUUCUCGUUGUCCUUGCUGUUGGCAGCAUCCCUCGCACACCUUAUCCCGGUUUCGACUGCUUUCGAUCGGCCCAUUCACACCGUAGUCCUUGCGCUUACGGCUUGUUCGUUCGCUUUACCGAGUGCCAACCGGGCAAUACCUCAGUUAUUCCCGUCUUCAGACGCAAAGCAAAAUCAAGGUCAAUAUGCGGCUCUGCCUCUGGAAGAACUUGGGGAGGAGGCCAAUGGAAGGCUGGAAGACCCAGAUACAAAUCCAGCGCAUCACAGACACACUGGCAAAGUUCGCAUAUCGGUGCUGGCCCUAGCAGUCUCCGCCUUGUCUUUGCGGAUAGAAUUGUACCGGCGCAUCUCUCUGGCGACCGAAUGCACCAUCGCCAGUGUCGAAAUGUUUCUACCAUUCUUGUUGGCAGUCUACGAUUCCUUCAGGUUUCAGCGCUCAGUUGACAUGCAGGAUGAAGAAAAACCCGACAGCUCUGUGUACGAGUCCUUACGCGCAGCUGCUAGGACCUACAUUUUGAGACCGCGAACUCGGUAUCUUCUGUCCAUGUUUAUGGUGUCCUACGGUUGCUAUCUCACCCAAGGUCUAUGGACUUCAACAAACUCGACCUAUAUAUGUCCACUUGCCCUCGGCGAGCCAAAGGCCAUCCCGAUGAUGCAAGUCUGUGCCCUUGCGCUGGACUUCUGCCUUGCCGUUAUCGCCUUUGAGACCGUCCCGAAAUCUGACGGCAGUGGUCUUUCAGGACGACGCUGCGUAGUCCUCUGGAGCUCGACCAUGAUUGCCACGUCCGUAAUUUGGUCGAUCACGGCUAUCUUUGUGUAUAUUUUCAAGCCAGAAUACCGACUUUGGCUUUUAUAUCUUUUUCCGCCACUGGACGUUGGGACAAUCAUUGCCAUGGGAUGCCUCAUUUUUCUUUUCUGCGUUUUGUGUAUAUCGCUCCUGCAUAGUAUCAUGACUUAUGGCGCAUUGGAAAUGACGACGUACCUUACCGCUUUCACCACGAUGAUACCCGCCCUCGAGUUUAUUUGGUCACACAGAAAUCCUUUUCCGCAAACGCCAUUCUCUGCAACGACAUUAUCCUUCCUCAUGAUCUUUCUUGGGCAAUGGGGGUAUCGCUGGAUUCAACAGGAGUUGGGUGACAAAGACCCGAUGCGACCGUCUCGGCAGUUCCUACUCUUUGUUGUCCUCUGCGUUGCAAUAUUCCCUGCUUGGUUAAAGAAAGACUAUGUCCAUUUUCAUCCGAUCGAUAUGCUCAUGUACGACGCUACGCUCCAUCAUAAUAAGUAUCUUGAGACAGUGGGAAGCACUUCGUCUCUAGCAGACGCUGUAGCGGGAUACACGAGCAGAUACAAUCGGAAUCCCCCUCCUGGAUUCGACGUCUGGUUCGAGUACGCAAAGAACAGGUCUGUGUUGAUCGUGGACGAAUAUGAUCAGAUCUACCAUGAUUUGCUGCCUUUCCGCGCGGUCCCGCCGUCUGAGCUGAGAAGCCAGACGUGGCAAAUGGUAUCUAAUCCAUGGAAUGAGAUCUCGGGAAUCACCAUCCGUAACGGGGAAGCAAAGGUGCAAGAAAAUGUCCUUCCAACUCAUCGAUGGAUGCUUGAGGGUGUCGCCGUCCUCAUCAAUAGUUUUGCAAGGUACCUACCUGACAUGGAUUUGGCUUUCAACUUGAACGACGAAUCGAGGGUCGCUGUGCCAUAUGAGCAGAUGAAGGAUCUCCAGGAGAAAGGCCGAGCAAAGGAUAAGAGCGGUAGCUCAAGUUGGUCCACCGAUCGUGCAGGAGGAUGGCCGCCGAUUCCCGAAACGGAAUACAAGGAAACGAUAUUUCGCGACAACUCCUGGCGCAACAGUUUCCGUGCCUUCGGCUCAGUGAGCUGCCCUCCUUCCUCUCUUGCACGGGCUUCUCUACACAUUUCAUCUCAAUCACAUAUCUGCGCCAGCUGCGUGGCUCCUCAUUCUCUGGGCCAAUUCGUGGGCAAUUGGUCUGACGCAGCAGACAUAUGCCAUCAACCAGAUCUUGCCCGACUCCACGGCUUCUACCUCUCCCCUGCGGCAUUCAAGACCAGCUACCAGCUCAUGCCCGUCUUCUCUCAAUCGAAACCGCACGGCUAUAGCGACAUCCUGUACCCUUCUGCCUGGAACUAUAUGGACAAAGCCAUCUAUGCGCCUAGCGGCCCCCAAGGCACACCCGAAGAAGAUGACUACCACCCAGGGUUUCCAGACCCCCCGUUCGAGGAGAAGGAAAACAUUCUGUUCUGGCGUGGCGCCACCUCUGAGGGUGUCUCUUCAGACAGCGGCGCCUGGCGCGGCAUGACCCGCCAACGCCUUGUGCACAUGGCCAACAAUCUAACCAACCAUCCACACGAUGCCGUGACCAUCCUCCUGCCCAGCCCGGCAGAUCACUCCAAAUACCAAUACCAAACGAUUUCCGGGCCCGACGUCGCGAAGCUUGGUUUACAAACGGACAUUGCAGUCGUCGACUUCAUCGCCCGGUGCGGCGGCAAAGACUGCACCGACCAGGCCCAGGAAUUUAAUCUCGUGGAACCGACGGACUUCCAAGCGCACUGGCGGUACCGGUUCCUGUUCGACCUCGACGGGGCCGGCUUCAGCGGCCGCUUUCUGCCGUUCCUCCACUCGCGCUCGCUCCCCUUCAAGACGGCCCUGUUCCGCGAGUGGUACGACUCGCGGCUCACGGCGUGGCUGCACUUUGUGCCCCAGGACCUCCGCCUGCACGGCGUGUGGAGCAGCCUGGCGUACUUUGCCGGCGUCAACGGGACCAUGUUCGGCCACCGCAUCUGGUGGAAGCCGCACCUCAAGGAGGCCGAGAUGAUCGCCCAGGCCGGCCGCGAGUGGGCGGCCAAGGUGUUGCGCAAGGAGGACAUGGAGAGCUACUUUUUCCGCCUGUUGCUCGAGUGGGCGCGCCUGACGGACGACAACCGGGAUGAAUUGGGCUUUGUGCUUUGAUUUGACCUUUUUUUUUUCACUUGACUUCGCGUAUACUUUUCCUUUUCCCCUUUUUCUAUAUGAAGAAUCAAAGACCCUGCGUCCAGUCUUGACCCGCCUUUUCUGUACAUUUUCCUCCGUGUCUGCGUCCUUCUGGGUUUUAUAAAUGUGGUCCCCGUUCUUUUUCGACAGGGCAAGAGAGAAUUGGGCACUAUGCAUGGAAUGAAUGAAUGGAAGACCUUCCGG